GAAUGCUUCGAUAUUCUCACUAGCAUGGGGAGUUAUUCUAAUGCUCGGAUGAGUAUGCCAAGCCUUCAGCUGGAGUUCAGGUACGAUCUGGGGUGUAUGAUUGCUUUUUCGGGAAGGAUUGUCAGACAUGGGGUUCAUGCAGUGGAAGGGGAUCGGAUUUCCUGGGCAUGGUAUAUGAGGGAUGCUGUUCAUAUUUAUGCUGGGAUUCCAUCGUGUGGAUGG